AUGAAAAUGGCUCCACAGAAUGCUGACUCAGAAUCUAUGCAAGUGCAAGAGUUACCUGUGCCCCUGCCAGACCCACAGAAACCUGGAAACCCGGAGACCGAGAACCGAGAUGAGACCAUCAGUGAGGGGUCCAUAGACCGAAUCCCCAUGCGCCUGUGGGUGAUGCAUGGGGCAGUGAUGUUUGGCAGGGAAUUCUGUUACGCCAUGGAAACAGCAUUGGUCACACCCAUACUGUUGCAGAUUGGCCUCCCGGAGCAGUACUACAGCCUCACGUGGUUCCUGAGCCCCGUCCUCGGCCUGAUCUUCACACCACUCAUCGGGUCAGCGAGCGACCGCUGCACCCUGAGCUGGGGCCGCCGGCGGCCCUUCAUCCUCGCUCUCUGUGUGGGCGUCUUGCUUGGCGUCGCACUGUUCCUCAACGGCUCUGCCAUAGGUCUGGCCCUUGGUGAUGUCCCCAACCGGCAGCCCAUUGGCAUCGUCCUCACAGUACUGGGAGUGGUGGUCCUGGAUUUCAGUGCUGAUGCUACCGAGGGCCCGAUCCGUGCCUAUCUGCUGGAUGUGGUGGACAGUGAGGAGCAAGACAUGGCCCUCAACAUCCAUGCCUUCUCUGCUGGCCUCGGCGGUGCCAUUGGCUAUGUGCUGGGUGGGCUGGACUGGACACAGACCUUCCUGGGCAACUGGUUUCGGACCCAGAAUCAAGUGCUCUUCUUCUUUGCUGCCAUCAUCUUCACGGUGUCGGUGGUCCUGCACAUCUUCAGCAUCGAGGAAGAGCAAUACAGCCCGCAGCAGGACCGCAGCUCAGAGGAAGCUGCUGCCCUGCCCAGCGCUAGGCUUGGCAGCACCUUGGCCCCCACUACCCGCCUAAAUGCCCUUGGCGGGGGCAUGCAAAACAGCAGCCCUCCAUUCCCUGAUGAGGUACAGUCAGAGCACGAGCUAGCCCUGGACUACCUCGAUGUGGACAUCGUGCGCAGCAAGAGUGACUCCGUGCUGCACAUGCCAGAUGCCACACUGGAUAUGGAACCCGAGCCACCCUUCCUGUAUGACAUUGAGCCCUCCAUCUUCCAAGAUGCCUCCUAUCCCAGCACUCCCCACAGCACCAGCCAGGAGCUCCUGAAGGUCAGGCUGCCCCACCUGUCUACCUUCCUCAGGGAAACCACCAAGGAGGAUGAUACCUUGCUUGAUAAUCACUUGAAUGAAGCUAGAGUCCCAAAUGGAAGUGGCUCCCCGCCGAGAGACACCCUCAGCAGCUGCACCAGGGUGGACUUGAAGCCCUCAGCCGCAUCCAGCUCCAUGAGGCGGCGCAGGCACAUGUUCCGCCGGCAAGCCUCCAGUACCUUCUCUUACUAUGGCAAGAUUGGGUCCCACUGCUACCGCUACCGUCGGGCUAAUGCAGUGGUUCUGAUCAAACCGUCCCGCAGCAUGAGCGACCUCUAUGACCUGCAACAGCGUCAGCGGCAGCGUUGCCGGCACCGGAACCAGAGUGGGGCUACCACCUCCAGUGGGGACACAGAGAGUGAGGAGGGUGAGGGUGAGACUACUGUACGCCUGUUGUGGUUGUCCAUGCUGAAGAUGCCGAGGGAGCUGAUGCGCCUCUGCCUGUGCCACCUGCUCACCUGGUUCUCCGUCAUCGCCGAGGCUGUCUUCUAUACUGACUUCAUGGGCCAGGUCAUCUUCGAGGGGGACCCCAAGGCAGCCUCCAAUUCCACCGAAGGACAGGCCUAUAAUGCCGGUGUGAAGAUGGGCUGCUGGGGCUUGGUCAUUUAUGCUGCCACCGGUGCUAUUUGCUCAGCCCUGCUACAGAAGUACCUAGACAACUAUGACCUGAGCAUCAGGGUGAUCUACGUGCUGGGGACGCUGGGCUUCUCUGUGGGCACGGCCGUGAUGGCCAUGUUCCCCAAUGUCUAUGUGGCCAUGGUCACCAUCAGCACCAUGGGGAUUGUGUCCAUGAGCAUCUCCUACUGCCCCUAUGCCCUGCUAGGGCACUACCAUGACAUCAAGGAGUACGUCCACCACAGCCCAGGGAAUUCCAAGCGUGGGUUUGGCAUCGACUGCGCCAUCCUCUCCUGCCAAGUCUACAUCUCCCAGAUUCUGGUGGCAUCUGCCCUUGGGGGCGUGGUUGAUAUUGUGGGGACUGUCCGUGUCAUUCCCAUGGUGGCCUCUGUGGGCUCUUUUUUGGGCUUCCUGACAGCCACCUUCCUGGUGAUCUAUCCUGAGGUGUCGGAAGAGGCCAAGGAAGAGCAGAAAGGCCUGUCUAUGCAGCCUGCUGGUGAUGGUGACGGCAGUGACAAGCCCACAGUCCUGAAGCUCUCUCGGAAGGAGGGUCUGCAGGGUGCAGUGGAGACUGAGUCCAUGGUCUGAGCUCCGGCUGACACAUUCCGCGGUGGGGACAGGUGGGGAGGCUGCCGGCCACUGGCCUUGCUGGCGGUUGGAGGGCAGCGCCAGGCAGUGCUCCUUCUUCAAACAAUUGAAGUUCAGUAGUUGUAGGGUAGGUUUGAGCUAUUAGGCAAAAGUAUCACACUAAUUACUUUUUCCACAAUUAAAAAAAAAUCAUUUGAAAUUUUUUAAUUGAAAAUGAUCUUUUAAUUUCAACUCUGUCUUUUAUUCUGCAGGUAUAUUAUUCUGCAUGUCUUUACAUUGUAAAACAUUUACAAUAUAGUCAAGUAAUUUAGAAAAAAAUGGGAUUUUUUGCAUUUCUGAAAUUAUAAUGAAAAUGCAAAACCUCGGAUGUCCUGGGUACAUGUAGUCUGGGCACCUCAGACAAGAGCAGUGUAGUCAGUGAGUACUUCACCCUUCCCAGGUAUCCCUCUGGCCACCCACAGGAAUGUCGAUGCCCCUCAGAUCUUGUCAUGUUCUGUUGGUGCGGCCGCUGUUGGAGAGUAUUUUUCUUUAUGAUUAUUUUAGACACAGGGUGUUUUUUUUCUUUUUUUUCUACCACUGUUGUUUUCUUAGAAGAACAGCAUCUCCUUUCCCUCAGAGAGUUUGACGCAUCAUGCCCUGUGGCGCUGUGCUCGGGCACAGCAGCCGCACACCAAAGCUGGGGAGGGCCCCUGAGGUGGCUGUGGGCGGAAAGGCCAAGGGCAAGGCGUACACCAGUUCCCGGACAGAAGCUGAACUCUCAAAUCCAGUGCUGCUUGUGGCACCUGUGUGAGCAUGUCCAUGUCCAGACCCCGCCCGGCUGUCCGUGCCUGGAGCUCCUCAGCCCAGUCCCCAGGCUCCCCUCUGCACUUGGACUCAUUACACCUCUGCUGGAAAUGGCACACAGAGUUCCAGCCCUGCUGCAAGGCUACCUCAAGUGUGGGGGACAGCACCUCCAAGCAGGGUGCAUGAGCGCAGGCAUCCCUCGCCGCCAUGGCAGGAUGUGCUUGCUGGAACCUGUCUGAACUCUGUGACUUUCUCACCUGCUCACUCGCUUGCCACUGGGAUUAGAACCACCACAGAGAGAAGCAGGUGUCUGGGGAGAAAGGCCCUGACCGAUGGUGUUCUGGUUCCACACCCAAGCAAACUCAUCAAAUGCUGCAGCUGUUUGGAAAUGUUUUUCAAACCACAAUCUCUUUAUUCAGAGCUAGGCAGUUUCUGCUUUUCUUAUGUGAAACGGUCAGUCUAAGCUUUCUGAGAUCAGUAGGAAGAGGCUCUGCAUAACACACAGAUGGAGUCAAACCUUGUCAUAAUUGCUGCCUCAAGUCCAUGUUUUUUAAAUAAAGUACUUUAAAAUGCAUGAGAGUCAUGCUGCAAUAUGAUCAUUCUAAAGCAAAUAUUAUAUAUGUAUAUAUAUAUAUAUAGAUAUAUAUAUAUAUUUCAAGAUGAAACUAAGCAGUUUUUAAAUAAAUUACUUGAAUUUUCUGUGUACUUAAAGUAAUGGCUGUUCAGCAUCCUCAGCAGACUUCUCGCCUUGCUAUGUCUCCUGCCACUGAUGGUGCUUUGUAGGUUGUGUGUUUUUUGUUGGAGGAGCAGUCCAGUGCCGGUCCACAGGAGCAUUUCUACAACCUGGGGCCUUCCUCAGAAGCCGUCUUUCAGAGGCCUGGCUUCAAGACCCUAACGCUUUCUCUAUGUGCUGACACUUGGAAUGGUCUGGAGAGUUUAGUGCUUGGACAAGAAAAGUCUGAACACACAGCUGGCGUGAUGGGAGCCCUCCUCCCACUAGCAGGGUCCCCCUUGGCUAGAUGAUCUGACCUUUCUUCAGGGUGACCGGCACGUCGGGGUUUGACAAGUCGUUCUAUGCAACUUGGUUCUUAGUAGCUUGCGAUUGUAUCUCCUCCCUCAGGCCUUGACCUAGCUUGUAAUCUGCUUACAGCUGGGGAUUUUGCUUCUCCAUCUGACAACUAGAGAGCAGAUAGUGCUGAGUAUAGAGAAUACAGCUUGAGCUGGGACUGGCCCCAACCAGUCAAGAUCGAAACAAUCAAACCAAGCACAGGGGACCAGCCAGGAGGGCCAUGUGCUGCCAUGUGUCCCACCCUGUGACCCAGUGGACCACAGACACUGAUCCCCUGACAGCUUCGUGUGCAGGAGGCUCAGGCAUGGCCAAGUCACACGUUUUAGGAGGAAGGGGCUUGAGACCACUGGCUGCAGUGCAUUCGGCCCAGAGAUCUCAGCCUUGACUUGACCGUGAUCUUGUGUCCACACCACAAGCCUUGUCACAAGCCACUCUUAGACUGUUAACUUGCUGGAAAACAAGCCAGCAAAGGGCAUGGCUGCUGUUUGCUCCUCAGUGACAGAAGUGGCUGAACACAUGCUAGAGUUGUGAAGCUCUUGAGUUCUCCAGAUACUUACAACUGAAGUCUGUCUUGCUGUAUGGGUCUGGCUAGUGUGCAGGCCCUUGGGCUUAGGUCCUAGAGUUAAUGACGAAGUCAAGUUCUGGGAGGCAGACAAAGGUAACCUAGAGCUCUGAGUGUGAGUCACACCUAGGCAUGGGAAGACCAAGUAGCCAAAGCCUUUGACUCAGCCCUUCCCUUGCAAUGAGAUUAUUCAAGUUUGUAGUUGCUUGAAAUUUGUUAGAGUCCUCACCUUGUGUCUUAAGCCAAGAAGCAGGGAUCAUGCCUGCUGCUUGCCUUGGUCAGAGUGGCUCAGAUGUUGGUGUUUUUCUAUCAUUGUGCCUCAGAUGAAGCCGCAAGGGUUGGUGGGCUCGCUGAGAGCCCCCCAAGCACUUCAUAUAUAGCUAUUAUGUGAAAAGCACUGUUGGGUGGCCUGGGCCUCUGGGACUGGCAGGGCCAAACAAGUGCCUACUCACGGCCAGUGCUGAGGACAAACCCUGAAGUUGGCCAUGUAAUGCCUUCAGAGGCCGGGUUGCAGGGUUCCAGGGUGGGGUCCUUUGAGCAUUUAGUGGUGUGUAUCUGUAGGGUUUCACCUAGUUGGAUACUGUAUAAUGCACAUUAACUUAGUACCAGCAUAGGGCAAUGCUGGUCUCAUUGGCAUUUUUGUGCCCUGUAAAAGUCAACUAAGGGCCAGGGAUAUAGCUCAGUGGCACUGUGCCUGCCUGGCAAGCACAAGGUCCUGAAUUCGAUCCCUGGUUCCACCAAAAAAAAAAAAGUCAACUAAGUGAAGAUUGUUUUCACGGGGUACCCCUUAACACGUGGCAGAAGUGCCCCUGUGCAGGAGUGUAAGCUGGUAGGAAGGGAUGGAGGGGGCUAUGGGCCACCCCAGCCAGUCUCAGACUAGUUCCCUUGGUUGGCUGUGCCACUUCCCUGGUGGCUGGAGGGCUGGCAGUGGGCGUUCCCUUUUUCUUGGUGUAAAGCAGGUCCUCAGCACCAGCAUCUGAAGUGAGCUGACAUGUCCACUGCUUCAGACCCCAGCUUUGUAAGCCUCUGUCCCUGUGAGGCCCAGACCUGGGAGGAGCACUGUGUCCAGUUAUGUACCCUAGGGGAGGCAGGACAGUGGAGCCCUCCUCAAAUGAUCAGCGGCUCCCAGCAGUGCUCAGGGUGUUUCUGAAUGGCAUUGUGUGGGAGAGGGUCUUGACAGCACAGAAGCCCAGCAUUGAGCCUCUCGGUCAGCUGUGCAGCUAACAUGGAAACCAGGGUUGGCCAGAUUCCUGUGAAGGGCGGCCCUUUGUUCUCCAGCCCCCAGGAUGGGGCCAGCUUUGACUGCCUGCGGUGCUCAGUCGCAUGUUUGAAAAACACUCCGUGUGGUCUGAGUAGCAGCACCAGUAAGAGACACCUACCAUAGACACGGUUGUGAGAUCUGCUGAGUGUGGCUGUGUACACUGGACACUGACCAACCUCAAGGAUGCACCAGGCUGCUCUGCUUCUGCCUGAGUCUCUCUCCAUCUCUCCAUCUUCAGCUACCAAAACUGUGAACAUGCAGACUGGCUGCCCAGGGCUCCUCUGACAGCUGCCACUGGAAACAGGCUCGUGUCUCUGCCUGUCAGUCAACAUGCAGUGCUUCUGAGGUCUGCCACCUCAGGUCUGAGGCCUGCUGCCAGUCGGGCCUGUUCAGGCUCCGAGCGCCUGGGGGCUCUGCCCAGCACCACCUGGGUGUGGUGUCAGCUCAGGCCAGGUUGAACUGGCCCUUGCACCCAUGCUGUAUUGGAUCCAACCUGCAUACCUCUUGUCAUCUCCUCAUGUGAAGUCAGCAUCACCAUCUGGGCUGGAUCCCCAGACUUCAGGUGGCCCCUUGACCAGUCCAUCCUUGGACCUCCCAGAGAGCUGACUGGGGCACCGUGCUGUGUGCCAUGGACUGAGACUGCCUCUGGGGAGCAGGAUGACCUGUUUGUUAGAAAUGCCUCAACACCAGAAACACCCCAGGCACCUCGGAACAAAACUAUUUAGUUCCAUUGCGAACUGGCCACAAGACAACUCUUUAUCAACUUAUUAAGUUGGAGCACUAUAAUGAUAGCUCUUGCUGAUUUUAGCAAUGAUUCAAGUGUGUGUUAAACACAUGAUGUUACGUUUUAUGAGAAAGGGGGAUUAUAAAGAGUAAUAUUGCACAUGACUUAAUUUUUUAUUAGGUGAGCAAUAGCAGCGUCUUGUCUGUGUCUCUGCCCAACCUUGAGUUUUAUCCCAUCCUCUGCCACAUGAACGUCUGGUGCAUGCUGUACUGUUGCAUCACCAUGCCUUGCGCCUGGUUCGGUAUGUGUCACACCGGCUUCCUCCUGCUCGGAAGAACUAGCGCUGAGGCCAGAGUCUUCCUGCUUCUGUUUCUCUGUUACUGUGUGGUUGAGUCAUAAUAAACCUUUCCCUCUAAGGUGA